AGAUGGCGUUGCUCCCACUUGUCAACAAGCUGCUGUUUGGUUCAUCACAAGACAGCACAGGGGAACCUCUGACAGCACAGCUGUUGCAUCAACAGGAACUUGAGGCCCUCCUUGCUGGCUUGGAGAAGAAGUUCCGCUCAGAUGCUUCACUAUAUCCUGGUCUGGCAAUGGAGGCACACUCGGCAACUGUCAGAGCAGGGAUUAUUAAGGAAGUGGAAAGCAUUGUGGAGCAAGCCCUGAAACUGUACUGCGCUGACAGGGUUGGAUUGGUGGAUUAUGCACUGGAAUCUGCUGGUGGCAGUGUGAUCCACAAGCGCUGCACAGAGACGUUAGAGACCAAGACUAUUCAUAGUCUGUUUGGCAUUCCACUGUGGUACCAAUCUCACUCACCCAGAGCUGUCAUUCAG